AUGCCCUACUUCAAGACGAGCCAGGAGUGGCUCGAGCAGUCCAUCCUGCUGCUCGAGGCGCGGCCCACCACCACGCGCAUCGCCACCCGAUACUCCAUCAAGCCCGUCUCGCCCCGCGCCGACAAAUCCACAGACAAACAACAACAACAAGGAGACUCCAGCACAUCAACAGCGGCGGCGGCGACGACGACGACGGCCAAGGCCCCGCGCGGGAGCCUCGUCCUCAAGACGCACGACACCGCCAGCGGCACCACGCUCAAGUACCGCACCACCAAGGCUCAGGAGGUGUCCCGGCUGAUGGGCGCGGCGCUCGGCCGUCUCGGUAAGAGCAUGGCUGCCGUGCCCGCUGACACGGCGGACGAGGCCAUGCCUGAUGCGGCGGCGGCGGGAGGAGUCCAGGAGGGCGGCAAGGCUGGGUCGGGGACCGCGAGUCCGGCGCAGCAGCCGCAGCAGCCGCAGCAAGGAGGCGGCGGGGGCAAGAAAAAGAAGAAGGGUAAGAGGUAA